CUAAUGACAGUAAUUUUUUUAAAUUCGUUGCGUGUGGAUGUAAUAAUUCGCUCUCUGUGAUACCUUAAACUAACCGAAAAUCCCGUUCAACGCCCACCCACUCUGCGCCAAUUUGUGUUUCUACUGUGACCAUAAUAGAAAAGUCACAGGAAAUCCUAUCGCUGAUCCAGUAACCUAGAAGAGACACUGAAAGUUGUGAAUAAUUUGCUAACUUCAGCAAGUUUUCAAUAUAUUAAAAAGGAAUAAGCCAAAAUCUAAAACCCGUUUAAAGCCAAAAUGUCUUCGAAUCGUGCACCAAAGUCCGGUUUUGCUGCUGAGGCGCAACGCAAAAUCAACUCAAAAUACAGCGAAGAGCUGGCCCAAGAAUGUUUGGAAUGGAUUAAAGUGGUAACUGGUGAACCCAUCAACACAGCUGGUGAUAUGGAUAAUUUCUUUGAAGUGUUGAAGGAUGGUGUUUUAUUGUGUAAAUUGGCCAACUCACUGCAACCGGGCUCAAUAAAGAAAGUUAAUGAAAGCAAAAUGGCCUUCAAAUGCAUGGAGAACAUUUCCGCUUUCUUGGCCUGUGCUAAAAACUUCGGUGUGCCCACACAGGAAACCUUCCAGAGUGUCGAUCUGUGGGAACGUCAAAACUUGAACUCUGUUGUCAUUUGCCUGCAAUCACUCGGCCGUAAGGCACAUAACUUUGGCAAGCCCUCAAUUGGUCCCAAAGAGGCUGAUAAAAAUGUACGUAAUUUCUCCGAGGAACAAUUGCGUGCCGGUCAAAAUGUUAUUUCACUGCAGUAUGGCUCCAAUAAAGGUGCCAACCAAUCGGGCAUCAAUUUCGGCAACACUCGGCACAUGUAAAUGGUAUGUGGCCGUUGUGCAUUUGGCUGAAACACAUUUCAAUUUGUAUUUGAGCUAAAGCAACGCAAGAUGUGCAAGUGUGCAGCGACAUUUUAAUAUUUAAGCAUUCCAUAAGUGUCCAAAAUAACUGAAAAAAUCGAGAAACGACAACAAACAAAAAUGUAUUCAAAAUUUUGCAUUCCAUGUAUUUUUUAACUUAUAAAUUUAUAAUAUAUACAUAUAUUGAACUUAUUCUAAGUACUUUUGUAAAACUUAAAAAAAAAUUCCAAUACAAUUUUUAUAUUAACACUUGAUUUUAUGACAUUAUUACACUAUAUGUAUUUAAUAAUAUAUUCUUUUUUGUUCUAAAUUACACUAAAUCGGCACACUUACAUAAAUAAAUGAAGAGAAAAUAGUACAUUGUACCAGAGGCACGUUGUAUGUACAUAUGUAUGUACAUCUAUACAAAAGUAUGUGCAUAGCAUCUAAAUGUCUCAUUCGUGCCAUUAAGCAUUUAUAUUAUACUAUGUAUCAAUGUAACAGAAAUUCUCUAUGCAAAUCUUUUACACAAAUAAGAUGUACCUACCUAUUUUUCGAGUUAACAUUUGUUUACCGUAAAAAGGACUCUUUUGACUAGAAUUGUAUGGCCUUUAAAGUUAAAAAUCAUAAAACAAUAACCACCUGUGAACACAAAUCUAACGUAAACAAAAGUGUCUUCUCCCCAUUUAAUUACCGUUAAAUAUAGAAAGUAGAAAGUAUUUAUGAAUCAUAUACAAUUACAUACACAGUGAUACGUAUGAGUAUACUGAUUUGAUGUUACUUCAUGUUGAAUAUGAAAUAAAAUUUAUUACAUAAUAGUUA